AUGGCGCCGACCUUCAUGCUCACGUGGAAUACGUCGGCCUCAAUCAGCCUCAAUAUAUUUGGGCCUAAGACUUGAGGCCGGGGCAUUAAACCAAAGUGUGAUUUUAAUGGAGGGGGAUGACGAUGACUUCAACGAUGGUGAUGUCAUGUUUGGACGGUGCCAUCCCGCUGAUGCCUUGGCUCCAGCUGGAAACCGGUCUACUCUGGCAUCCCUCUUUGCUGAUGAUUCUGGAGAUCACAUGAAUGAAGCUUCUCAAGUUCCAUUGACUUAUCAAGCACCAAUCCAGCCAAAGGCAGCUUCUCAGAUGGUGCCAAAAGUGCAAGAUAAUUCUGGUGAUUCCAAGUCUCAUCAAAGGAGCUCAAUGAGCCCCAUUUGUGCUCUGUCUGUGACAGUUUACCGACACAAGAGUUCUGGGGCACACAAUGAAGGAAAAGCAGGCUUGGUUUUGCUUGGUGAUCACAAGGUGCAUUCAUAUCAAGUUGUUACCUACCGGACCAAGCAGGACAUCCUGUACCGGAUGGCAGUUUCUCCUUCCAGUCAUAUCUCAGUCCAUGAUGCCAGAUGGCUUCAAGUUGUUGAUGAAACUAGUACUGUUUGGUCUAUGUUGAUUGAAGAUUCUGAACAGCUGGAGAAAUUCUGCAAACAUUUUCUUGUAGCCAAAUACUUUUGCUCUGGAUGUAACCAAGAUGGUGUCAUCAUGGAUUUGGGGCAGAAGGAAAAUGCUGAUACUGUCUCUGCUCAUAGUAUGGUUGAAGUGCAGUACACUGUCUGGGGGAUUGAUGGAUGCCAGCUGAAUGAGACAGCAGCCUGUGACUCAACUGCAAAGUUCAAAAUGGGAAAAGGGGAGAGUCCAUGGCACUUGGAAUCUGCCCUUGUAGGAGCAGUGAAGGGAAUUCCUAGGAUCAUUAUCAUUCAAAGUUCAAAUGAUGUCACCACAAAGAAUUUUGAUCAAAACAAAGAAGACGGCAUCUCCUCAGUUUGCAUUCGAGUUACUGUCACUCGAGUGAAAGCAAAAAAUUCAUCCAAAAUUCAAUCGGAGCCUGGAACUGGACUAUUGAACAUUCCUGAUGUUGCUUUGCCAGAUAGAGGUAACUGUGAGGGUGGCAGAGACAAUGCUGAAAGUGUGUCAGUGUCUGAAGCAUCAGAAAAGACAAGCAAAGAGAAAGCUCAGCUUCUUGCAAGAGUAGCUAAAAUGGGAGGCCAACCAGUGGUCCCCAUGAUUCCUCCCAGUUCUGGCUUUGUCUGUAACUCCCGUCAAGAGGCUUCAGUUACCCAGGAACAACCUCAAAGCCUGAAUGGCAAUGAGGAACAUGUUGCAGGAGACCAGCCUGAAUAUAUAUCUGAGCCAUGGAUUCAGUUAGAGGAUGUCAGAUCAAGUUCUGUAUCUUAUGGGCCAGAAGAUAAUCAAUUUCCAUCACCUUCUUAUAACUACUGGCCAGAUCAUCUUGUUCUUGCACACCUGGUAUCACCCCAAACUCUUUCAGGGCCAGUGAAUCCCAUUUUCAGUCAGUUUGUGUCUGACAUGCAGAAGAGUAACAGAUGUAUUCAGAGUUCCAUAGAUCAACUGGUUGGGAAGGUUGAUGUUAUGUCUCAUCAGAUGAAUGUUCUGCAGAGAGUUGUUGGUCAUCUGUGCAUCCAAGCCCAUCCUGAGUAUCCUCCUCUUCUCAGACCAACUACAACAAUGGGACCCCGUCCGCCACUUCUCACGCCACGUCCCAGCCUUCCUAGCAGGGCACGCUUGCAUGGUCAUCCAGAUGGUUUUCAAAGACAGAGCUUUCCAUCAAUGACUGAGCAGUCUCCUGAUACUACCACAUCUGCAUCUGCAUUCUUGGACAACAUUCAACUGCUAGAGGAGAAUGUAAGGCUGAAGAGUCUCCUGCAAACUAUCGCUCGACCAUCUGACUCCAGCUAUAAGGACCACAUGCAAGACAUUAUUCAGGAGUUCCAGAAAGAGAUUUCUGACCUCAAGAAGAAAAGCAAACUGCUGGAAGAAGAUAGGGAAAAGCUUGCAAAUGCACACAAGGAUAUUGUAGAACAACUCAAAGAUGCUGCCAUAGAGAAGCAGAAAUUACUGAAGGCAAAAGAGGACAUGGAACAGAAAUUGCAAAUGACUGAAUGCUCAAAGCAAGAGCAAGAACUUGCUGAGAAGAAACAAGACCAGAAUUCAUCUGAGGAAAUGAUGAAAAUGCUCAGUGCCUUGUACAAAGUGCUGAAAACCAAAUUCCCUGAUGAUGAAACUUUCAUGGGAAAGGCAGUGAAAGACAGCAUCAUUCAAGGUAUUAGGGAUUUCACUGUGAAGCUAAUUGGAGGAAGUGACUAACUUCUUGGUGCAGUCAUAACACCUGUGAUUUUUUAAUUUCCAUUGCUAUGCUUGUAACUUCAGGUUAGACCAGAAAGACUCAUGCUCCAUUUUUCUCUUUUAGUGCAGCAGAUCAUGCUUGCAGCAUCAUUUUAUACAUAAGGCUAUAUGGUACAGAAAACUUGGUGAUACAUUUUUUGUCCCAUGGAUGCCACACUUCCCAAGAUAUUCUUAUUCUUACAUUCCAUG